GUGGCUCUAACCCUAAGAGAGCUGACUUUAGAUCUCAAGACGAGUUCUAGGCAUCUCAAUACUCACUGGGGAUUAUCAUCUUGAUUGGAUAUCAACGUCGCUGCGCACUUGAGUCUAUGCUUUUUAGCAGGGUAGACUUCCCAUAUCAGAGACACCGUAACCCAAACCUGCUGCCUGGGGCUCAGCCACCACAACGAUCAACCAACUAAUACGUGGCUACAAGAGCUGCUUCAAUACAAAAACCUCCCAAAGCCCGAGAUCAUGCGAUUGUCACAGCUUCGUUUGAUACCGGUCCGUUCGAAUGUGUAAAAAUAGAGCAAAACUCCUUGCGAUGGAGGCUCACCCACUCCCCGGAAUAUCUCAUGAGGAGCCCUACUUCACCGCAAUGGAGCCAUUCCAAAGCAUCAAAUCACAGCAGCACAGCAAGACUGGACCCGUACCCCCACCUCAGCCCAAUUCCUCACCAACCCAACCCCAACCCCAAUGCCUCUUCUUCUCCCUCCCCGCCGAGCUCCGCAAUCAAAUCUACACAGCCGUCUUCUCCACGAAAACCCCCAUCAAAAACGCCCUAUCCCUCCUAUCAACCUGCCGCCUCAUCCACGCCGAAGCCACCGUCUUCGCCUACGCAACCAUCACCUGGGUCACCACCAAAUCCGACUACUACUCCCUGGCAAAAAGCGCAUCCACCCUCCCCCGCGCCCAGUUCACCGCCAUCACUCACAUUGCGUACAGCUCCCGCAGCGAUUACAGCAGCAUCUGGGAGCUCUCAGCCUUCAUUGCAAACGCCGUCUUCCACUUUCCCGGCCUCCGCACCGUCACGCUUUUAGUGCGACGGACGGACCACAGCACGAUUCAUAGGGGCCGGAUCUCUUCGACCCCGGGAAUUCCGGUAGAAAUUGACGACUGGUUCGCGAAGACGAUCCGGGUGUUUAUGAGCGGGCGGGCGCUCACGUGGCCGAAAGAGCGGCCGUGGAGGGUCGAGUGGCCGGCUGGGAGGCCGGACAGCGGGCAGUUUGAGCAGUGGACGGUGUUGCCGGAAGACGAGGAGAUGUGGAUGCGGUGUGUUGUUUCGCGGGAUGGGGAAGGGGUGGGUAGAGCGGAGACGCGGGUGGAGGUGAAGAAUGAGUUUCGGGCGCCCUGGGCUGGGAAACCGGAGUUUGUGCCGUGGGAGCCACCGGCUGAGAAGUUACCGGUGACCGUAAUUGGAGAGGCCGAUAGGCCAAGAGGGAUCCAGUGGGAUGGGAGCCCAGAGUGGUGGGUAGAGAAGCGGAAGAGGGAGAAGGGGUGGCUUUGGUGGUUGUCGUGAGAGCAAUUCAUAUUUAGGUAGGAGGUAAAGGGGAUGGGGGAUGAAACCAACUCCAACUAUAUUUAAUACUUUAUACGAGGCU